AGCCUUCUCGACAAACCCUAAUUUCCCAGAUAAGGGUUUUUCUAUUUUAUCUUGAAGGCUUAUUGCCGUCGGCAGAAGCAGAUGGGGAAGAAGAAAGAGAGGUCGGUGAACGUCUCCGGGAAGCCAAAGCAUUCCCUCGACGUUAACAGGGAUGCUUCCAAGGGCAGUAAAUCCAACAAUGGCCGGAGCGCCGCCACGGUCCGCCGACUCAAGAUGUACAACACACGCCCAACGCGCGAUGCCAAGGGCAAAAUUCUCAAGCACGAUCUGCAGUCAAAGGAAUUGCCUAACACUCGUAUUAUGCCCGAUCGUCGAUGGUUUGGGAACACCCGUGUAGUAAAUCAGAAAGAGCUUGAAUUUUUCAGAGAGGAGCUUCAAACUCGCCUUUCAAGCAACUACAAUGUUCUUUUGAAGGAAAGAAAGUUGCCUAUGUCCCUGUUAAAUGACAAUCAAAAGCAAUCAAGAGUUCAUCUCCUGGACACAGAGCCUUUUUCCGAUGCCUUUGGUCCUAAGACCAAGAGGAAGAGACCUAAAUUGAUGGCAUCUGAUUAUGAAUCUUUGCUCAAAAGAGUUGAUGGUUCUCAAGAGGUCUUUGAAGAGAAGCAUGGUGCUAGUACAUCUGCAGAAGGAGGUGAUGAUGGGGCCAGAGAUCUUGUCCGCCACACAAUGUUUGAAAAGGGUCAAAGCAAACGCAUAUGGGGGGAGCUCUACAAAGUGAUUGAUUCUUCAGAUGUUGUUGUGCAGGUUCUUGAUGCUAGGGAUCCGCAAGGUACAAGAUGCUAUCAUUUGGAGAAGCAUUUGAAAGAGAAUUGCAAGCAUAAGCACAUGAUUCUUCUACUAAACAAGUGUGACUUGGUUCCUGCUUGGGUAACAAAAGGAUGGCUUAGAGUUCUUUCCAAGGAGUACCCGGCACUUGCUUUUCAUGCAAGCAUAAACAAAUCAUUUGGAAAGGGGUCCCUUCUCUCAAUAUUGAGACAAUUUUCCCGUCUAAAAAGUGACAAGCAAGCUAUAUCUGUGGGAUUUGUCGGGUAUCCAAAUGUUGGGAAAUCAUCUGUUAUCAAUACUUUACGCACAAAGAAUGUUUGUAAGGUUGCACCUAUUCCUGGAGAGACCAAAGUGUGGCAGUACAUUACACUAACGAAGAGGAUCUUUCUUAUUGAUUGCCCCGGUGUUGUUUAUCAAAAUAAAGACACAGAGACGGAUAUUGUCUUGAAAGGAGUGGUGCGAGUGACAAAUUUGCAUGAUGCUGCCGAACACAUUGGUGAAGUUUUGAAACGUGUGAAAAAGGAGCACCUGGAAAGAGCUUACAAAAUAAGUGACUGGGAAGAUGAUAAUGAUUUUCUACUUCAGCUGUGCAAGUCGACCGGAAAACUUCUGAAGGGAGGUGAACCCGACUUAAUGACAGCUGCGAAGAUGAUUCUCCAUGAUUGGCAGAGAGGUAAAAUACCAUUUUUCGUUCCUCCUCCAAAGCAAGACGACGAGCCAAAUGAAUCUAAGGAACAAAGGAAGGCUGUGGAUGAUGACGAGGCUUCUGCAGCUAGAAAAGCAAUCGAAGACCUAAUCCAAUCUCAGCAGAUCGAUAAUGAUCUUGUCCAAAAGGACCUUUUCAACGAGCAGGAGUUAACCGGUGAUGGCGAUACAUCAGACAAACUCAAAGCCACUUCUUCAUAGUACGUAUUCGCACCUUAAAACUCUUUACCAUCGCUGUCCUUUUUCUUUCGCACUGGAAUUUGUUUUCUUGUUUAAGUAUUAUACCAUGUAAUAACAUCAGCCUGCCUUGUUUUUCUAGCUGUAAUGGCAUUUAUAUAUUAUCUAUCAGAAUUUGAUGAGCAGAUCAGAUUAGAUCAUAGGAUUGUUAUAGAUGAUGGAUGAAGACAAACAAACAAGUUAACGAGUAUGUUCUUUUUUAGUUUA